AUGCGCAUCUGCCAUCCCAUCCCGUUUUCCCGAAAUCCCCUUUUCGCAACCUCUCGCCUUACCCAUUCCUGCUCGCCUCCCGGUUCGAGUUCUCCUUUCGCCACCCCGCGCGUGCUCCUCUCGCUUUCCCCGUGCGGCCUCCUCACGCCUCCCCGCGCGCUCGACUCUCGCCUCCCCGCGCGGCCUCCUCUCUUCUCCACGCGCGGCCUCCUCUCGCCUCGCCGCGCGCUCUCCUCUCGCCUCCCCGCGCCUGCUCCUUUCGCCUCCCCGCGCUCUCCUCUCGCCUCCCUGCGCGUGCGACUCUCGACUCCCCGCGCGGCCUCCUCUCUUCUCCACGCGCGGCCUCCUCUCGCCUUGCCGCGCGCUCUCCUCUCGCCUCCCCGCGCCUGCUCCUUUCGCCUCCCCGCGCUCUCCUCUCGCCUCCCUGCGCGUGCGACUCUCGACUCCCCGCGCGGCCUCCUCUCUUCUCCACGCGCGGCCUCCUCUCGCCUUGCCGCGCGCUCUCCUCUCGCCUCCCCGCACCUGCUCCUUUCGCCUCCCCGCGCUCUCCUCUCGCCUCCCUGCGCGUGCGACUCUCGCCUCCCCGCGCGGCCUCCUCCCGCCUCCACGCGUGUCCUCCUCUCGCCUUCCCGCGCAUGCGCAUCUAGCCUGCGUCGUCGGCUUCACCCUGCCUCCCCUCGCUGCCACUCCGCGUCUCGCGGCGGCCUCCUUUCGCGAGGUGCACUCGAAAGGCCCUCGGCCCUCUCUCACUCUCUUGCAACGGCUGUGCUUCCGUAUCCCUGCUGCACGCCCUCAAAACCCCCCCCUGAACGCCCUCACUUCCUCACAUGUACGCCCUCGUUUGCCCUCCCUGCUUGCCCUCGUUUUCCCACCUUGCACGCUCUCGGUUUCUCCCUUGUACGCCUUAUUUUCCCCCUUGCACAAUCGCAAUUCCCCCCCUGCUUGCCCUCAAUUCUCCCCUGCUUGCCCUCAAUUGUCCCCUGCUUGCCCUCAUCUCCCCUUCUCCUCCCACCAUACCUUCUCCUCCUCCCACCAUGCCUUCUCCCCCUCCCGCCACCCCCUCUCCCUCUCACCAUGCCUUCUCCUCCUCUCGCCAUGCCUUCCCCUCCUCUCGCCAUGCCUUCUCCUCCUCUCACCAUGCCUUCUCCUCCUCCCGCCACCCCCUCUCCCUCCCCUCGCCAUGCCUUCUCCUCCUCCCACCACCCCCUCUCCUCCUCCCACCAUGCCUUCUCCCCCUCCCACCAUGCCUUCUCCCCCUCCCGCCAUGCCUUAUCCUCCUCCCGCCAUGCCUUCUUCUCCCUUCCUGCCUUCCCAUUUCCCCUUCCCGCCACCCCAUUUCCCCUUCCCGCCACCCCAUUUCCCCUUCUCGCCACCCCAUUUCCCCUUCUCGCCACCCCAUUUCCCCUUCCCGCCACCCCAUUUCCCCUUCCCGCCUCCCCAUCUCUGCCUCCCUGUCUCCCCACCUCUCGUUCAUACCUCCCAUCUCCUGUGCCUACCUCCCCUUCCAUCCAAUCUCGCAUCUUCCUCACUCACCAGGAAGUUUGUGCGAGUGAGGGUUAG